AUGAGAGACUUUCCAUCUUGCUUUGGGGAGAAUGGAGUUCAAGUUGCCGAUCCAUCUUGUUCGAGUGUAAAUGUAAGUAAAGCCUCUCAGAACACUGUGACCUGCAUUUAUAGAUGUGAACUGUUUGAAAAACCUUGCUUGAUUAGCCUUGUGUGGAGCAAGGGUUUGAUGGCCCAAUGCCUUAAUGUCGAAAUAGAUAAUGAUUCUCAUAAGUUCAUCAGCAAAUUCGACGUGAAGCCUUCUUUAUUCUCCAAAAGGAAAGGCUCAAAGUCUUUACAGCUGAAUUCUGGUAAAGUCGAAAUCUUUUGGGAUCUCUCAGUGGCGAAAUUUGGAUCCGGGCCAGAGCCCGUAAGUUCAUAUUACCUCGGGAUAGUGUGUAAAGGUGAGAUGGUUUUACUUGUUGGAGAUCUAAUUGAUGAGGCAUUUAAGAAAAUGGGCUCCACAGCUCGGCUCUCGGGCUCCAUCUUUGUUUCGAAAAGGGAGCACGUAUGUGGAAAGUCGAUUUUCUGCACAAAGGCUCAAUUUUGCGAAAAUGGGAAAACUCACGACUUGAAAAUCGAAUGCAAUACGAAUUAUGGGGAUGACCCGUUUCUUGUGGUUCGAAUAGACUCAAAAACGGUUAUGCAAGUGAAGCAUUUGAAGUGGAAAUUUCGUGGGAAUUUGACGAUCGUGGUUGACGGGAUGCCGGUGGAGGUAUUUUGGGACGUGCACAAUUGGCUGUUUAGUCCAAGUUCAGGGAAAGCGGUUUUCAUGUUCCAGACGAGUUUACCUGCGGAAAAAAUGUGGGCAGUUUUCAACUACAACCCUCGAUUUCACGACGUGUUGCGAGUUAGUCACGCCGAGUACCAAUCAUGCAACUCAUCUUCGCCAAUGUCGACUCACACGACCGGAAAUGACUCGAUCAUGAUCGACACUCACGGCCACCAUUUCUUCAUAUGUGGCAUGCCCACACACUGCCAGGCUGGACAAAAGGUCGACAUCAAUGUUCCCCGAACGCCCGCCCAGUCAGCAAGCUCAUCACUUCCUCCAGUUGUUAACUCUCCAGUUCCUAUAGAUACAGUGCAGGCUCCAUCUCCUAGUGCUGCAGCUGCUACUCCCAUAAUAAUGCAGGCUUUUGCUAUUAAUUUUGUGGGUUUUGGGGUUUUAUUUUUCGGUUUGGCUUAA